UUCUCCCCUCAGUCCCUCUCACUCUCAGCCUACAGCUCAAGCGGACUGACACGGGUCUUUGGAUACAAAGAAACGAACAAUAAGGCACAACACAGGGGCCAAAAUGGCAGAGCUCGGAGCGGGAAGCCUGCCGUUGGGAGAUCCUGCUUUUAAUUACCAGGAACACGAGCUGAACGAGCGGCUGAAGCGGCUCUACCCAGCUGUGAACGAGGAAGAGACCCCUUUACUCCGAUCCUGGAGCCCCAAGGAUAAAUACAGCUACAUCGGGCUGUCACAGAACAACCUGCGGGUCCAUUACAAAGGCCAUGGUAAGAACCACAAGGACGCCGCCUCGGUGCGAGCCACACACCCGAUCCCUGCCGCCUGCGGGAUCUACUACUUCGAGGUCAAGAUUGUCAGCAAAGGCCGAGACGGGUACAUGGGCAUCGGCCUCUCCGCCCAGGGAGUCAACAUGAACAGACUGCCUGGAUGGGACAAGCACUCGUACGGCUACCACGGGGACGACGGCCACUCCUUCUGCUCCUCCGGGACCGGCCAGCCGUACGGCCCGACGUUCACCACGGGGGACGUGAUCGGCUGCUGCGUGAACCUCAUCAACAACACCUGCUUCUACACCAAAAACGGCAUCAGUUUAGGUGUGGCCUUCACAGACCUCCCUCCCAACCUGUACCCCACCGUGGGGCUGCAAACCCCCGGAGAGAUCGUAGACGCCAACUUCGGCCAGCAGCCGUUUGUCUUCGACAUCGAGGACUACAUGAGCGAAUGGCGGGCCAAGAUCCACGGCAUGAUCGCCCGCUUCCCCAUCGGAGAGAGGCUGGGGGAGUGGCAGGCUGUCCUGCAGAAUAUGGUGUCUAGCUACCUGGUGCAUCAUGGGUACUGUGCCACCGCAACAGCCUUCGCCAGAGCCACCGAGACCCUGAUACAAGAGGACCAGACAUCUAUAAAGAACAGACAGAGAAUACAGAAGCUGGUGCUGGCAGGGCGGGUGGGCGAAGCCAUAGAGACCACUCAGCAGCUUUACCCCAGCCUGUUGGAACACAACCCCAACCUACUGUUCAUGUUGAAGUGUCGCCAGUUCGUGGAGAUGGUGAACGGCACAGACAGCGAGGGCAGCUGCCUGACCAUCCGCUCCCCGAAGUCCCAGGACAGUUACCCGGGCUCGCCCAGCCUCAGCCCCCGCCACGCAGAAAGCAACGCACACCUAGACGCCGGAGGAGCCGACAGCCCCACCUGCAGUAACGGAGUGACCCCCCCCGACAAGUCAAAGAGCCACGGCGGCGGCGGCGCCAUCAAAUACCCCAGCGUGUCCUCCUCCGGCUCCUCCUCCACCUCCUCCUCCCCGUCCUCCGUCAACUACUCGGAGUCCAACUCCUCCGACUCCACCAAGAGCCAGCCGCACAGCGCCAACAGCACCCAGGAAACCAGUGACAGUGAGAUGGAGAUCGAAGCAGAGCACUACACCAACGGGGUCGCCGAGGGCUCCUUGGCGCGGAUCAUGAACGGCACGUACAAACACGAGGAGAUCCUUCAGCCUGACGACAACAGCAUUGGCAAUGGGGUCACAGCUGAUGAUGCCUGCAUGAAUGGCCGACAGCUGUGUGGAGGGAACCAGGCCGCCACAGAGAGGAUGAUCCAGUUCGGACGGGAGCUGCAGGUGCUCAAUGAACAGCUGUGCCGCGAGUACGGCAAGAACGCCGCGCACAAGAAGAUGUUACAGGAUGCAUUCAGCCUGCUGGCGUACUCUGACCCGUGGAACUGCCCCGUGGGCCAGCAGCUCGACCCCACCCAGAGAGAAACACUCUGCUCCGCACUCAACAGCGCCAUACUGGAGUCCCAAAAUCUGCCCAAGCAGCCUCCGCUGAUGUUGGCGCUCGGCCAGGCCACCGAGUGUGUUCAGCUCAUGGCCCGGGUCCGGUCCGGCUCCUGCUCCUUCGCCCGAGUAGACAACUUUUUGCACUAGCCCAGGUCCAGGUUAAUGUUAAGUAGCACGGAGAGAAGGCAUGUCCGGCAGGUAGUUGUCAUGGCGACGGAGGAAAGGGCACGCGUGUGAUUGGUGCGUUUGGCUGUCCGUCGGACCGAGAGCCAGCGGCACGGACGAGAGGAGCAGAGGAGAGCGGCAGAGAAGAAGGCUUCCUUUUUAAUUUAGUAUUAUCAAAUAAAGACACGUGUGACACUAUUUAAAGAUAAUGAAUUAUUAUUCUGUUUAUCUAGCCAUUUUUAUAGUUUCUUUUCUUUCCUGUCAGUUUGAUGUGCUUUUCCUGGACAAAGCAAAUUGUGAAUCCCCUUUUUUAUUUUUUAUUCUGUUUUUAAUGGGUGGAUUUUGAAUCCCUGCAAUCAGUAUUUUUACUCACGUUGUUGUUGUUGUUGUUGCUGUUGUCGUUCACCAUAUCACAAACCACAUCUGCGACCACAGUGACCCCCCCCCCCCCUUCACGACUAUAGGUCCACUUUACAAACCCUGAGGCAUAUUAACAUCGUCUUUGAUAAGAUGCAGAAGACAGAAAGACUAUUUUAUCCUCUUGAAAUACUUGUAAGUGCAUUAAAUAAAUUCAACUGGGGCGAGCCAACGAGUGCUCAGCAUGGGGAAGGAAACAAACACAACACCAUUGAUUGCGUGGAGCAGAUCAGCAGCUCCACAGUAGAGAACAUCGCUGCUGCUGAUGGAAAAUAGGAAACAGAAUGGGUCCCUAAAUUAUUCCAGAAAGUGACAAAUAAAAAAUGCAUCCCUCUGUGCCACAGCAUUGCAAUGAUUACAGGAUAAGAACUGUUAGAAACAACGACUAAUUGAAAGGAACACUGCCGGUAACCAGAGGGGUCGACGACGAGGGAUAGAACGAACAGUUCACCACAUAGAAAAUCAAAAAUACACGUUUUUCUCCUUUCCGCUAGAGUUGUUUAUCGAUCGGGAAUGUUUUGGUUUGAGCUGCUGAGUGUUGGAAAUGCGUCAGCCGUGGUCUGUUAUUUAAUUGCCUCUUUGAGCACCCCGUACCAUGUCGUCCCGGAGAGAAGGCAGACGUGUCUACGGCAGAUGGCUCGCACCAAAACAUCCUGGCCUGAUAAAUGGCUCUCAAGGUGGCGGAGCGCCGCUGCAGCUACAACACCUGUGAUCACGGUUGGCAGCGGAGAGAAAAUCGGUCUCACAGGCAGACCAACGAGGUUUGUUGCUGGCCGCCGUGAGAUUUAACCACAUUGAUCCCGAUUUGGAGUCCGAUCAAUGGCAGAAAAACGUCUCAAUUAUCACUUUCGAGGCCUCCGACAGCCCCAAAUUACAGCUCCAGCCUCUUUUGUCAACCACCGCUCACCGGCAGCCACUUUGUAUGGAGCCCCAAACUGUUUGAUGUCCUGUGAACAAAGACAUUAUGGAAUAAAUAUCAUGAAUGAACGGAGUCCAAAAAUAUAAUUGAAGCAAUGCAUUGUGAAAUAAUUAAGGAUCACAAUCGCUGGUCUGUUCAAAACGACCUCUUUCAAACGUCUGUUUUCACCUGUGUUCUCCAGCGACCACGGCCAGCUCAAUGCAGCUAGCUCCUAGCUUACUCGCUAGUAGCUACCAACCAACUAGCCGGUUAGUGAUGUUGAAUCAACCAACUAGCUGCUGCCCAUAAACGCACCGCACAGAAAGCAGGCUUUCUUUUUGAGUUGAGCCCAACGAGGCCACAUACGCUCCCCACUUAGCCGGCUAACUAGCUAGGAUGGCCUGUGGGCCUGGAUGUUAUUACGCAACACCAAAGCGACGAGCGAGUGGCGGCGGCGGACAUUAGCCGGUUAACGUUAACUUAGAGUUACUGAGAGGUCCUGCAAAUGUUUCAUGAACGCAUGCUAGAGAACUCUUUGCUAGUUAGCCCCCUGGGUUUCAAUCAUUUAUUGAAUUGUUUCAUCGUUUUUUGGCUCUUUUUAUGACCGUUCAGUGGAUCAUUUAUUUCAAAAUAUCUUGUUUAUUUCGUUAAAUAAUUAUUGAUUUUUGAAAUUCUAUCAGCUUUCUGUCUCUGUAUCUAAUCAGAUGAUUGUGUGUUGCAAAACGACUAAAUUGGACUCGACUUCAAGUUUCCAACCCAACUUGUUUUGUUCCAUCCUUUUAGCUUUGUGUGAAUCAUUGUCACUCUUUUGUUUUUACUCCAGACUUAUGUUCUACCAAACGGCACUGACUUACUGUUGUCUGACUUGUGCCAGCUGUCACUUUCGGCUGAUUUGUUGUGUAACCUGGCAAACGUUCUGGUGGAUCCAUCCUGAAGUGUACAUUUCCAUCUCUAAGAGAAUGGCCGUCUGAUGUCGAGAAACGUGGAAUAAUAUGUGGGGUUUACUACAGGGUCACACUUUUUAACCAAGCUGGUUUUAUAAAGACCGUCUGCUAUCAUAGGAACUAUUCUAUAAUAACCACACGUACAGCACACACUCGACAACAUCUGCUUCUACAGCUGUAAAGGACUUCUGUUACACACUCACACACACACACACACACACACACACACACACACGUAUGUGGAAGAACAACCUUGGUUGCAUCCCUGUAGGGAACAAGUCUCCCAGCUGUCCUUAGUGUUUGAGCCUGGGCUGCGUCCCAGCACUGUUACCACGCAUCCUUCCUCUUCUCCCCGCAUAGACAGUGAUUGUUUUAAGGAAAGGAGGGAUGUGAGCAGUUUUGGAAAUGGGGCCCCGGGGGCCUCUUGAAGCCACAUGGACCUCUUCUGGGGAGGCCGGAGAAAUGGAUUUUAGGCCUCGCGGACAAGCUGUGCACAAUUGACUUCUAUCAUGAUUUUAAUUUUGUAUUUUGAGUUUUAGCCAAAAAAACGAUUUUUAAAAAAGUAUUAAAAAAACAAUUGUGAAAUGAGUUUCCCUCUACUUAGCAUGACUUUUAAAACGAUAUAAAAAAUAAGUAAAAAUGAUAAUUGAAAAAAAAAAAUGUACUGGAAAAAUGUUUAAAAAAGAAAUAUUGUAUUCUGUUUAAUUUUGACAGAAUUAUUUUUAUUAAAAUACAUCCAUAAGCAUA